CAUAUUUUUGGUUACUGUCGGAAAUCAGCAAAACGAAUCAUUCAUUUCUGGAGGCAAUUGCUUUGUCUCAGAUUUGCUCUGAGAUGUUAAAUUUGUCAAAAUUACUUUUAAAAGUAAGUAACAAAUCCGGCUAACAAUCAGCCAGAAAAUUACGCUUGUAGGUCAAACAUUAUCAAUCCUUCAAUUUCGUUGUCGUGUACGGAUGACAUAAAGCUGAACCUUUUCCUUUUUUGAUUGUUAAUUUUUUGCAGAUUAGAAUGGAAAGUAGAGAUGCCGAUAAUUUUGUUGAACUAUCAAAUGGGACAAACACUUCCGCGCUUCAACAGGAUCUUGAAGAUCACCAAUCCAUUGAAUCAAUCAAGGAAAAAGAUUCGAAUAGUUCUAAUUCAAACACUUGCGAACUCGUUGAUAUAGCUGAGCUGAAUGUUCUAAAUGAACUGAAAGCUAGUGACAGUAGCAAACUUCAGAAUACGGACUCUGUUAAUGUCGUAACUUCUCCUGUAUCGACGAAAUCAAAUGAAUUUAAAGACAAUGUCGAAAAUGAUGUGGUACCCGAUCUACUGAUGGAAUGCGAAGUGGAGGAAUUAAAUGCACCUGACGAGACUACUCCUGAAGCCGUCACUUGCAAUAGUAGCAUCAACAGUGUGAAUAUAAUAGAAGCGACCACGGAAAUAAUAGAAACAGCGAGUAGUGGAUGUGCACACAAGACGCCAAUGACAGACCACGAGUAUGGCAAGAGUAGCACAUCCACGUCCAGCCACUCCAAUUCAAAAGAUGGCCCAGAAUCUUCAUCAAAGACAGUUGGACCUUUAGUCGCAGCGGAUAACACUCAAUCACCAGACAGGGAAAAUAACAGAAGAAAGAUGAUUGUGUUUGUUCACAUUGCACCUGAUGGCGAAUCUUCAGUUACCAAAAACAAAAAGUAUGUCUGUGGACUAUGCUCAUUCUGCAAGCGGGAGCGAUGCAGCAGUUGCUUCAGCUGCAAACAGUCUAGCCUUGGGAGGGACUCGGAAGUGUGGAAUCUCAUCAGAAUGAAGGUGGACGACUUCAACAAGUGUGAAAUCACAUGCGAACAAAUACAGAACUGUCAGGCAUACAAGUCUCUCAUAGCACCAUAUCUCUAUAUCAAAUACGACGUAGGGGAACAGCCAUCGCCCAUGGGAGAGGAGGUGAAACCGAACAGGAUAAGUGAAGUGGAAGCUCUGUGUUAUCCACUGCCUAUACACAGCUGUGUUAGUGACAGAGUGUGUGCUAUUCUCAGAAUCGAUGACGUGAUGAAGGCUCUAAAAGAAGAACAGAACAGCAAGAUGAAUAACAAGAUCAAAAGACUCUCAGCUGUUGCGAAGCCACAAGUGAAAACGGACGACAAGGUAGUAGUGACUCCUUUAGCGCAACCAUCCAACAGAGAAGCUGUGACGGAAUCGAAAGAAAGACAGAGGAGGAGGGUGAGGGCGGUUUCUAGCAGCACCAGUAGCAGUUCAGACACAGAGUUCAGCCCCAAUCACUAUGCACAGCGAACAAUCAAUGCCAAAGAAAGGACUCGUUGGUCACAGCGAAAAAGAGAAACUAAACGCUCGUCGUCUUAUAAAGCAGCUCUUCAGAAAACAUAUUCAUCAGAGGAAGAGUCCUCGGACAUAGGGGAGAAAGAACAGGAGAAAGAGAAAGAGAAGGAAGAGGAUGACGAUGGGAAAGGAGACGAGGGAGAUGACGAGACUUCUUCUGAUGGAUACGAGAACAUUCUAGAAGCUUCCAUGGAAGACCUCAAAUUGAUGCAAGAGACCGAAAUUGGCGAGGCCAUACGACUAGGAACACUCAAGUCCAGGACAAGGCUUCGACCAGAAAUGUUCUCCCAAACAUUCCAGAUGAAGGUUGGCAGAUUCCUGGCAGAAGGGGGGAGUCUGAAGCCCCUCUCGGACAGACUGGAUCUGAGUCUGGACACUCUUCGACUCUGGAGGAGACAGCACGAACACAAUCGCAUUGCAGAAAGAGAACGCAAAAUCAAGAAGCGGAAGCUGAAGACUCAAAGACGAAAAAAAUCGCAAAGAGAGAAGGAGUUUCGGGAAAAGGGAGGAAACAGUUCUGAAGUCAGUUCCGUGACGAGAGAAAUUUUGGAACAAGUGAAGCAGAUAUCAGCAGAUGCGGAACACGUGGCAUCUCCCAGAGUUGCACUAACCGAAAUUCCGAGGCUACCUAAUCCUAGGGAACCAUUUGUUGCCAAGAAGAAACUUGUUCACACUGUUACUUCAACUGGACAGCACAAGAUUGUUUCCUCCGAUACUCUCAGACCAAUCGCCCCGUCGAAGUGUGACCAAGACUCUAAACCCAAAUCGGAAGCGAGUUUGAUAGAGAAUAUCCACAUCUACGAUAAAGGGGCCUCCGAUGUCUCCGAAGAAGAAAGCGACUUCGACGAUGACGUAAUCCCGAAGCCUGUGAUGCAGGACUCGCUGCCCUUCCUGUGCAAUGACUGCCGAGAGAUAUUCAGGGAUUCAAUCCUCCUUCAGAGUCAUCUCUACAAGUGUCCCAAGAGACUCAAACCCAUCAUGGGCUUCUCAUGAACGACAAACUUAUCUAAACUUAUCCAUGUCUAUUUUUUCUUUCCUCGUCUGACUAAUUUCACGAAAAAAUACUGCUAAGUGGCCAUAGUGGCCGUUGAAAUUUUAGUGGCCAAUAAUCAAUAACACAUUUUACUCGUCCUUUGCAAUUAGCCAUGAUUGCUCGUAGAAGGAAUGGGAAAGAAAAAUAACCUCAUUUUUGUUUGUACGUCCUGUGGUGCAAAAAUUUCUGUUUUUGUUGAGAUGUUGCGUAAAAUUGGCGUAAAAGUUAUUUAAUUGAGUUGAUUUGUAUAAAAUGUUCCGUAUUUUGUUCUACAACAUUUUCAGUGGACCAGGAAUUUCAAUUCACAGUUGCCCUUUUGA